CACGUCGGUCAGCCGCGGUUACGCUGUCGCACAUCGGCCAGACAGUAGUGUUCCAGGCCAUGUGGAAGUUGCUCCCAGCUGCGGGCCCUGCCCGAGAACCGUACAGACUUUUGGCUGGUGUUGAGUACAUUGUUGGAAGGAAAAACUGUGGCAUUCUAAUUGAAGAUGAUCAAUCAAUCAGCCGAAAUCAUGCUGUAUUAACUGCUAACUUUUCUGUAACUAACCUGAGUCAAACAGAUGAAAUCCCUAUAUUGACAAUAAAAGAUAAUUCUAAGUAUGGUACCUUUGUUAAUGAGGAAAAAAUGCAGAAUGGCCUUUCCCGAAUUUUGAAGACAGGGGAUAGAGUUACCUUUGGAGUGUUUGAAAGUAAAUUCAGAGUAGAGUAUGAACCUUUGGUUGCAUGCUCUUCUUGUUUAGAUAUCUCUGGGAAAACUGCUUUAAGUCAAGCUGUAUUGCAACUUGGAGGACUUACUGUAAACAAUUGGACAGAGGAAUGUACUCACCUUGUCAUGGCAUCAGUUAAAGUUACCAUUAAAACAAUAUGUGCACUCAUUUGUGGGCGUCCGAUUGUAAAACCAGAAUAUUUUACUGAAUUUCUUAAAACAGUUCAGUCCAAGAAACAGCCUCCAGAAAUUGAAAGUUUUUACCCACCUAUUGAUGAACCAGUUAUUGGAAGUAAAAAUAUUGAUCUGUCAGAACGACAGGAAAGAAAACAAAUCUUCAAAGGGAAAACAUUUGUCUUUCUAAAUGCCAAACAGCAUAAAAAAUUAAGUGCAGCAGUUGUAUUUGGAGGAGGAGACGCUAGGUUGAUAACAGAAGACAAUGAAGAAGAAGAUAGUUUCUUUUCAGCUCCUGGAACUUGUGUUGUUGAUGUAGGAAUAACAGAUUCACAGACCUUGAUUCCUGACUCUCAGAAAAAACGGAUUCAUUCAAUUAUGGAUAUACUCCAGAGGCAAGGUCUUAGACCUAUUCCUGAAGCAGAAAUUGGAUUGGCAGUUAUUUUCAUUACUACAGAGAAUUACUGUGAUCCUCAGGGCCAGUCCAGUACAGGAUUGAAGACAACAACUCCAGGUCCAAGCUUUUCCCAAGUCUUACCAACCAAUGAAAACUUAAUGCCAGGUGCCCCAGUGAAUACUACAACAUAUGUAGCUGAUACACAAUCAGAGCAAGGAGAUACAUGUAUGAAUUUGAGUGAAAGGCCAAAAGAAAUCAAAAUCUUUGGAACAGAACAAAAGUUCAGAAUACCUUCACAAGAAACAUCCACUGUGAAGGAACCCCACAAAGUAAACUCUAGUAAUAAUAAUAUAGUAUCAAAUACUCUUGUUAGUAUGAAAAUCCCAGAAUAUCAGCUUUCACCAACUAAAUUCCCAGGUGUAAAUAAAAGUGGAGAUUGGGCUUCUCAGCAUCAGCAAACCAACUCCAUCAAAAACUACUUUCAGCCAUCUACCAAAAAACGGGAAAGGGAUGAAGAAAAUCAAGGAAUGUCUUUAUCUAAAUCAGCAAGAAUAGAAAUGUCUUGUUCUCUUUUAGAACAAACACAGCCUACUUCAUCCUCAGUAUGGAACAAUAAGGAGCAGCAGAAUGAGCCUGUGGAAAGAAACCCAGAUAACUCGUAUGCAGAUAUAGAUUUAAAAUCCACUGUGACAAAUUCUGCCAAUAAAUCUCUCUCUACAGAAAAACUAAGAUCCGAAAAAAGGAAAGAAAUUGAUGAUUUAGCCAUAGAAGAUGAAGUAUUGGAACAGUUAUUGAAGAACACAAAACCAGAGUCAGAAAUUGAAGUGAAAGUUCAAAAACAAGAGGAAGAUGUCAAUAUUAGAAAAAGGCCAAGAUUGGAUAUAGAAACAAAUGGCCCUUGUAAUGAUGAAGCAAUACCAGAAAGUAACAAAAUCUCUCAAGAAAAUGAAAUUGCGAAGAAGUGUGAGCAAGAAUCACUCUGGUCAACUAAAGAACUAUCUAAUAAUGAUGAACUUCAGGAUGAUGGUGAGACGCUUCCAAAGACGGUGUUACUGACUGAAUUUAGGUCACUGGUGGUUCGUAACUCUACUUCCAGAAAUGCAUCCAGUGUAAAUAAUGAUUAUGGUGAACUAAAGAAUUUCAAGAAAUUCAAAAAGGUCAAAUUUCCUGGUGCAGGAAAACUUCCACACAUCAUUGGAGGAUCAGAUCUAAUAGCUCAUCAUACCCGAAAGAAUACAGAAUUAGAGGAGUGGUUGAGGCAGGAAAUGGAGGUGCAAAAUCAACAUGCAAAAGAAGAAUCUCUUGCCGAUGAACUCUUUAGAUACAAUCCUAAUGUAAAAAGGAGAAGAUAACAGGGUUUUAUGAAGAAGCCAUGGAAAAACAUUUCCUAUCAAGUAUUUACAUCGAGUUUCAUCUGGGAUACAUGCAUAUAGUGUAUAGAAGAUUUAAGUUUAUGGCCUAAAUUUGUUAAAUAAAAUGAACAAAACUC